UACACAAUUUGGUUUAAGGCGAAGCGUAAAUUUGUUUAGUAAUAUUAAAUGAUGUCCGAGAACCAAAAGAAAACGGGAAAUAUUCUGUCGAACGUAAAUCCUCCUUCGGAGUUGCCAAGUUUCAUCACUGCAGUUGCUGCGCAGCAGCCUACAGCUGCUGCUGCGGACCAACCGGAUGAAUCACUUAAGAAGGAAACCGAAACGGACCCAUUCAUUCCUACUACGUUCAGUCCGGCAAUCCCUUCCAGUAAGGAUACCACUGGUGCCGCUGCAGCAGCAGAUCUCUCGAGUGCCGUGCGAGAGGACGGUGGUGUUUCCAGUACGACAAGGCGAGAUUUUGCCAAUAUGGUCCUAAAUCCGGAACCAUUGGCGGAUGCCUUAAGUCCUAUCACGCAGAGCGGUUCGGCUCUGUUUGGUUGGGUGAAGGGUGCUGUUAGCAGCAACGGUAUCCUUCAGAAGGUUGCGGAAAAAGCUAAAAGUUCGGUUGAUACGAUCGUAACGACACUGGAUCCUCAGAUGAAGGAGUACAUCAAUUCCGGAGGGGAUACCGAAGUUAUCGUUGCAUCGGAUAAAGACGACAAAGUUCGCCCGAUAAGGGAGGCUUUUCAAACGGUUUUCGGGAAAGCUACCGUAAUUGGAUUGUCAGCUCAAGCGGUAGCUAUAGCAGCACAGCCAGUAGGUUUUGCUGCAGGCUUGAAGGGUGCCGAACAUCGCAUCAAUUGCAUUCGGGCAGCCAACCCGCGUGUGGAUGACCAUUUGCCAGUGGUAGCCGUGGAAAAUUUUUUGGUUGAAUUGUUUCCGGAGCAAUGGUUUGAUGCGGGAGUAAUUGUUCUUUUUGAUUAUGCCAAGAAUAUUCUUUUGAAAUCGGUUACGCAGAUGACACCAAUUCCAUUGCCAGUCAUAGCAUCUAUUCAAGCUGACACAAUGGACGACUACCAGUUGAAAGAAACUGGAUUCGCUGUAACGGUUGGUAGUGUGAUGGCGAAAAACUUAAAUACUGCACACACGGAAUGGCACAAGACUUACACCUCGGUCGGUCGCUCGGAGAUGAUCUUAAAUGCGGCUAAGACAAUUGCUACUCUGUACAAACAAGCCGUGCUGGAAUACUACGCUAAUGCUUCUGUCAGUGGACCUGCAAGUCCUGGCGAAUAAAAUUUGCUGCCUGCCAGCCUAUCGACGGGGUGUAGAUGUGCACACUACUAGAUGCUGGUUGUUAGAAAUAUCCUCGUUAGUUGCUUGUUGCAUUGAAGCAUUUGUUUAAAUGUUUUAUGUGGCUUUUUUCCAAAUAGCGAUAAGCAUUUUAAAGCCUUACCUUAAAUAUAAAAAAAGUUGAAGUUGUGCGCGCAACGAUUAUAGGCCGACAUAUUUUAAUCCCAAUGUUUUUUUAAAUAAUCUGUUUGACUCUAAUGAGCGAGGCAUGUAAAUUACUCUUUAUUCUCAACAUACGUUGUCACGACUGUGCUCAGAUUAUACUUUAUUAUCGUUAGAUUUAUAUCGAAUUUAUUGAAAUAUAUGAUA